AAGCACACACCAGGGGAGGUAGUUUCUAAAAGAUUAAAGUUAGGGUGGAGGGCUUGCUACGUAAAGCGACUGAGGGCAAGAACACAGACCACAGAGAGGGAAAACCUGGACCUGCAGCUACAUAAAAGGCAAAGAGAUAGUUUCCACGGAGUGACCAUGGCUGAGUACAAUCUAGAGGUAACAACAGGGGACAUGCAAUAUGCAGGAACAUGGGACCACAUAUAUGUCACCUUAUUUGGAACUGAAGGGCAGAGUGAGAGAACGGAGUUGGACAACUUUGGCCCCGACUUUACAACUGGGACAACAGGGACCUACACCUUGAAAACCAGUUUGUCUUUGGGGAAGCUCCUGCUUGUGAAGGUGGAGAAAGAUCCGUUUUUGUUCAGCCAAGACGAUGAGUGGUACUUCUCCAAAAUAGUGGUGACGACUCCAGAAGGAGAUGCCAUUCUUUUUCCCUGUUACAGAUGGAUCUCCAGAGGAGAACUGGUGGCGCUGAGAGGAGGGAAAGCCAUGAAGGUUUUUGAGGAGGAUCAUCCCCUGUUGAUUGACCACCGGAAAAAAGAGUUGAUACUUAACAAGAGCUCUUACCAAUGGAGGAUUAUGGCUGAAGGACUACCUCACAUCAACCAUUGUGAUAAUGCAUCUGAGCUCCCAGCUGAAAUCCGCUUCUCCAAGACCAAAACAACUGAAAUAGAUGACACAAAAAGGAGAAUUGGUAUUGAACUUAAGCUGAAGGGGCUGAUUGGAUCUACUGAAAAAUGGGAAAGGAUUGAAGACAUGAAAAAGAUCUUCUGUUGGAAAAAGACAGCAAUGUCAGAGUAUGUUGCAAAGCACUGGAAGGAAGAUGACUUUUAUGGAUCCCAGUUUCUGAACGCAGUCAACCCCAAUGUGAUCAAGCGCUGCUCAGAGCUUCCCCCAAACUUUCCAGUCACAGAGGAGAUGGUAAAGCUGUUCCUGGAAGAGGGAAGUUCUCUGCAGAAGGAAAUGGAGAAAGGCAAUAUAUUCCUCUAUGACCAGAAGAAGAUGGAUGGAAUACCCCCUAGAGCCUAUAAUGGUGAACCUCUGACCGUGACUGCUGGUCUCUGUCUGUUCUACAGGAACCCAGAAAACAAACUGAUGCCAAUUGCAAUACAGUUGCAUCAACAACCUUCUGAGCAGAACCCCAUCUUUCUGCCCAGUGACCCAGAGACUGACUGGCUGCUAGCCAAGAUGUUUAUCAAAAAUGCAGAUUCCAUGGAUCAUCAAGCAGUCCAUCACCUCAUGAACACUCACUUCCUGGCAGAGGUCUAUACUGUUGCCGCUCUCCGCAGCUUCCCUGUGAUUCAUCCCCUCUACAAGAUGCUGUUUCCACACUUCCGGUACACUCUCCACAUAAACACUGUAGGCCGCAAAUCUCUAAUUGGGCCUGAUGGGGCUUUUAGUAAAAGUUCACUUGGAUAUGAUGGACUGAAAGAGCUCAUGAGAAGGGCUCUCUCUAAAACGACUUACAGCUCCCUCUGUCUGCCAGAGAACAUCAGAGGACGAGGACUGGAGUCUAUCCCCAACUUCUACUACAGAGAUGAUGGCCUGAAGCUGUGGAACAUCGUCAACAGCUUUGUGAAGGCAGUAGUGGAGUACUAUUAUGCCUCAGACAGUGAGGUGUAUAAGGACACUGAGCUGCAAGAAUGGAUCAGUGAGAUAUUCACACAUGGCUUCUUAGGAAACAAAGCCUCAGGGUUUCCAGCAGGCUUUCAUACCGUUGAGGAAGUAAUCAAGUUCAUCACCAUGGUGAUCUUCACAGUGACGGCUCAACAUGCUGCAGUAAACAGUGGGCAGUUUGACUACUACUCCUGGGUGCCCAAUGGCUCGCUCCUGCUGCACAAAUCUCCUCCAACCACUAAGGGUCAGUCAAACAUGAACACCAUUUUGGAGACCCUCCCAGAUGUCGGAGAGACAGUCAGCUUUGUCGGAAUGACUCGUCUGCUUUCAGAGACAUACACAGAUGUUGUUCCGAUGGGUAUAUACCCCGAAGAACGAUUCGAUGAGCCUGCCCCUAAGCAGAUGAUUAAGGAAUUUCAAGCAGAGUUGUCUUACCUCAGUGAAGAAAUUACAACAAGAAACUCACAGCUUGAAGUACCCUACACAUAUCUGAACCCUGCUGAGAUAGAGAACAGUGUAGCUAUUUAGGAGAGUCUGAGCCAUUCUGCAUGAGAUGAUUGUAUCCAUGCAUUUCUUAACACCUGUCUUGCAGGCUGGGAGGUGUGUUAUACUUUGCAUUUACUGAUACAAUAGGUGGUAGAGACAGUUUAGUGAGGUGUUACAUGCUGGGACAAGAGGACUAUAUUUUGGUUGUGUCACGAUGAGUGGGCCCAUAUAAUGGUGACAUAUAGACCUACAGUACUAUGUUGAGCAGAAACUUAACUGAUUAACACAGGCCACUAGUUACCAAUUAGGCUGUUGCCCAAAACACCUAAAUAAUUGCGAAAGUGAAUGGUUUAUAUUUAAAGUUUUUUGCAUUUGUGUACAUUUCUGCUUUUGAUGUUGUUGUUUCAGACUUCUACAAGUGCAUAACAUUCAUAUAUCAAUCAUGAAAGCAGGAACACUCAAGUUCUGUAUCAGCAAUCAAAAACAGCAAUAUAACUCCGGGUUUCUAUCUGUACUGUUUCUUUUCUGUAACACAUGAGCAUAAGGACAGCGAUGAAAUAAAUAAAAACGA